GACGCUUCUUAUCAUUUUGGCGCUUGGCAAUUUCGCACUACUUGCAUCAUAUAUCUUCUCUUUGCCUCCUUUUCCUGCUCUAUGGCUAGACGCAAGAGACAACUUCUUGAGGACGAUGAUUCCGACUCUUCUGCUGGCGAAGAUAACGACAUUGGCGAUUCAAACUACGACACCAACGACCCCGACGCGCGUGCUGAGCGCGAGCUCUUUGAGAACCCCUACGGGCACAAGCGGAGGCGAGGGGACGGAAAGGAGGACGCGAUCUAUGGUGUGUUUGCCGAAGACGAUGAAGACAAGGAUUACAGGAUGAAGCGCGGCGGCAGGACGACGAAGAGGAAGGAGGCACCUGCUUUCACGGCGGGAGCGAAGGUUGACUUGGAUAAAGAUAUCGACGUGGAUGUGACGAUGAAGGAAGCUGAAGAUUCGUCAGGCAGCGAUAGUGAGACGAAUAAUGAAGACGAGGAGAUUGCGGAUGCUGUAGAGGGUGCGGAGGAUGAUACCAUGUCCGAACUGUCGAAGGAUCCCUCGCCUGCUGUCCAAGAGGAAAGAGAAGAAGGACUUCGCUUCGGUGGCCUUGGGCUUGGGAGUUCAAGAGGUGGACUUGGCCUGGGUGCCUCUAAGGGCGGUAUUGGGUCCUCCAAAGGUGGCAUUGGCUCUGGCAAGAGCAAUGCCGCCUUCGCGUUUUCCGGCUUUAGCAAAGACGGUAGCACGUUCAACUUGUCCUCGGUCACGGAAACACCUACCUCUGCGUCUCCAUCUCCAGCAGCGGCUGCUGAAUCUGAGGCAGAGCGUGCAACACCCGAGACGCUCGACAUGCCCACCUCGUUCGGCAGGCAGUCUCGUCCCCAGAGGGCGUUCGUGCGCGAUGGGUCUACGGGAAGCGGCUCUAGCACUCCAAAACCAGCGAGCCUCAGUGCACAGGAACGCGCCCACUUUGGCAAGAUAUCCGGUACCUUCGGUGCUCGUAUGCUGGAGAAGAUGGGUUGGCAGUCUGGCACGGGCUUGGGCGCCACGGGAGAGGGUAUGGUUAUUCCGGUCGAGAGCAAACUGCGUCCGAAGAGUAUGGGCCUGGCGUUCAAGGGUUUCAAGGAGAAGACGGAGCAGUCGAAAGCCGAGGCAAGACGCAGGGGUGAAGCCGUCAGCGGGGACGAGGAGGAAGCUCGACCAAGGAAGGGCAGGAAGCCGAAGGCCGGGCAGCAGGAGCGUUCGGACGCAUGGAAGAAAUCGAGGAAGACGAAGAAGAAGAUUGAGCACAAGACGUACGAACAGAUCGUCGCAGAGGCCAGUCAUGAGGCCCCCGCCGCAGGCAUCGGCCAAAUAAUCGAUGCUACUGGUGCGACACCUCGAGAGGUCUCAUCUCUUGCUGAUGUCUCUGUGGCGUCUUGGACGCCUACCACCGACCCAAUGCGCCUGCCUGAGAUUCGCCACAACUUGCGCUUAAUUACUGAAGCAUGCAGAGGAGACCUGGAAGGUCUUGCCCGUGAAGCUCGCGCCUUGGGAGAACGCAAGAGAUGGGUGCAACAGGAGGACGAACGGCUACGGAAGAGAGUCGAGGAGGAAGCUCAACUCAUUGCCAGACUACAACAAGUACACUUGGUAGUGGACGACAUCGAAUCUCAGGCCAAGGAAAUGAAGUCAUCUUAUGAGGUCUCCCUGGAGCCAUUCUCAGCCAACUUUGAGAAGCUCAUCGGGUUAUACCCUAAUGAAUUUGACCGUUACCAUCUGGAUGAGAUUGUAGUUGCAGCUAUUGCACCGAUCAUUCGGCGCAUGUUGACUCAGUGGCAGCCGUUGGAAGAUUCACAAGCCUUUGUAUCUGACCUCCGAGCGUGGCGCAAGGCUCUCAUGAUGUCUGAACCUGAGGAGACUGCAACAGUCCAGCAAGUACAAGUGUACGGUUCGAGUACGGUCGUUUCUUCCUCAGCAGUUGAAAAGCCCAUGACGCCGUAUGAAAGCCUCAUUUGGAAUGCUUGGUUACCGAAGGUGCGGUCAACCAUAAAUAAUGAUUGGUCUCCAGACGAUCCUCAACCUGCUGUGCGGCUCUAUGAAGCAUGGUCGAAGUAUCUGCCACCUUUUGUCCGUGAUAAUUUCUUCGAUCAGCUCGUUCUACCGAAGGUCCACAAGGCCGUCAGCGACUGGAGCCCGAAGAGACACAAAGCCCCGCUACGGACCUUAGUCUUCCCAUGGUUGCCUCAUAUCGGUCUUCGAUUGGAAGACUUACUCGGAGACGCUCGUAGGAAAGUCAAGAGUACCCUGCGAAGCUGGGCUGUCGCCGACGGUAUGCCUGAAGAUCUCGAAGCUUGGAAAGGAGUAUUCGACGUCGGCGACUGGGAUAGCAUGCUCCUCAAAUACAUUGUUCCUAAGCUCGGUGCUCGCCUCCGGGACGACUUCAGAGUCAACCCGCGGCAGCAGCAGAUGGAACCUCUACAGGACGUGCUUCUCUGGGAACGCCUUCUUCGCCCAUCUAUUCUUUCUCAACUGCUUGUGAGCGAGUUCUUUCCCAAGUGGCUAGACGUUCUCCACCUGUGGCUCGUUUCGCCAAGCCCUAGCUUCGAGGAAGUCGCGCAGUGGUAUUCGUUCUGGAAGGAGACGUUUACGGAGAAUGUCCAAAGCAUGCCGGGUGUUGCACAAGGGUUUACCCGUGGCCUGCAACUCAUGAACAAAGCCAUCGAGCUCGGCCCAAACGCUGCCAUGCAGCUACCACGUCCGGAUCAUCGUGCACCUCCCCCUGCUUCAUCAAAGGCUCCCGCGCGGCAGGCUACACCCAAGCCUCGUCCUUCCCGUACGCAAGAAAUUACCUUCAGGAGCAUUGUGGAGGAAUACGCGUCCUCACACAAUCUGCUCUUCAUACCCACCGGCCGCGCUCACGAGAAGUCCCGUAUGCCUCUCUUCCGCGUCUCGCAGACCGCAGAUGGCAAGGGUGGAUUGCUGGUGUAUAUUCUGGAUGACGCUGUCUGGGCUCCAGAUGGGGACGAGUAUCGCGCGAUCUCGUUGGAGAGUAUGGUUCUUCGCGCGACCAAGGAAUAGUCUGAUGCCUAUGUAUCCAUAGUACUAUAAUACCGCGCACUUGCACGAUUUACUAAUGAGCAAAGGGCGCCUAUGCAGGCGGCGGUUAACGUGAUAAAU